CCACUGCUAAGAAGAUGAAUCAGAUAUGUCAAUUUGGCUCGAGUGUCAGCAAAACAUCAUCCAACAAUGUUUCUAUUACAUAAUAUUGGCAGAACAAUGCAGAUUCUGGUGAUGAGUUUACAUUGAGAUGUAAGGAUAAAAGCUUGUCAUUUGCUCAAAGAAGAUGCCUAACCAAGUCCAACCAUGUAAAUUUUAACAGUAUUACCAGUCUCCUUUUACCAACCUCCCUCAUUCUUCAUGGUGAUUGGUUCUUCAGCAACUCUCCUUACCAUCUCCUACCUCACAACACGAAAUGAUUGCACAUUGACAUGCAGUAGAAAUUAAGCAACCUCUGUCUGUAAACACCUUCAACCAACAGCCUCACACCAACACUCCUCAUUCUUAGAGAAUUCUUCUCCUUCUCCGGAUUCAACUGAGAAUCCAUGGCGAGGCUCUGGCGAUGGCUAACUGUGUCCAUGGUCCUGACAGCAGUGGCCUUCAGCUGUGUGUCUGGUCGGUUUGUGGUCGAGAAGAACAGCGUGAGGGUGAUCCGGCCAGAGCAUAUCAGGGGGAGGCACGACGCAGCCAUUGCCAACUUCGGCGUGCCGCACUACGGGGGCACCAUGGUGGGUGUGGUCAAGUUCCCUGACAAGAACAGGACCACCGCAUGCAAUGCCUUCAACGGCACCCCUUUCAAGUCCCGAUCUAGGCGCCCUGUUAUUCUACUUGUCGACCGAGGAGAUUGCUACUUUGCUCUGAAGGCAUGGAAUGCACAGCAAGCUGGUGCUGCUGGAGUUCUAGUUGCUGACAACACUGAUGAGCCUCUGCUUACCAUGGACAACCCUGAAGAGAGCCAAGACUUGGAGUACGUCGACAAGAUCACCAUUCCCUCUGCCUUCAUCAACCACGAAUUCGGUGAGACCCUCAAGAAGGCCUUGGCAAAGGGGACGACUGACCAUGUUAUCGUGAAGCUGGACUGGAGAGAAUCCAUGCCUCACCCGGACGAGAGGGUCGAGUAUGAAUUCUGGAUGAACAGCAAUGAUGAAUGUGGCCCUCGCUGCGACGAGCAGAUGAAUUUUGUCAAGAACUUCAGGGGCCAUGCCCAGCUGCUUGAGAAGGGAGGAUUCACUCAGUUCACUCCUCACUACAUCACCUGGUACUGCCCAGAGGCCUUCAUACUCAGCAAGCAGUGCAGAGCCCAGUGCAUCAACAGAGGGAGGUACUGCGCUCCUGAUCCCGAGCAGGACUUCAAUGAGGGGUAUGACGGCAAAGAUGUGGUGAUCGAGAACCUGAGACAGCUUUGUGUUCAUAGAAUUGCCAAUGAGACAGGCCAGCCAUGGGUUUGGUGGGACUUCGUCACUGAUUACCAUGUCAGGUGUUCGAUGAAAGACAAGAAAUAUAGCACAGACUGUGCUGAAGAUGUUGUCAAAUCCCUUGGUUUACCUCUGGCCAAGAUCACAAAAUGCAUGGGUGAUCCAGAAGCAGAUGUUGAGAAUGACGUCCUAAAGACAGAGCAAGAACUCCAGGUCGGACAUGAUUCUCGCGGGGAUGUAACUAUCUUACCCACCUUGGUUAUAAACAAUGUUCAAUAUCGAGGGAAAUUAGAGAGGAUUGCUGUGCUGAAGGCAAUAUGUGCAGGAUUUAAAGAAUCGACUGAGCCUCCUGUAUGCUUGAAUGGAGAUAUUGAGACAAAUGAGUGCCUUCGAUCAAAUGGUGGUUGUUGGCAAGAUCAAAAGUUAAAUAUCACAGCCUGCAAGGACACUUUUAGAGGCAGACUCUGUGAAUGUCCUGCAGUUCAUGGUGUUCAAUAUCAAGGUGAUGGCUAUACAUCCUGUCAAGCUGUGGGACCAGGAAGAUGUGCAAUGGACAAUGGAGGUUGCUGGUCUGAGACUAGAGAUGGACAAACAUUUUCAGCUUGCUCAGGCUCUUUGUUGACUGGUUGUCGCUGUCCUAAUGGAUUCCAUGGUGAUGGUUAUACGUGUGAAGAUACUGAUGAAUGCAAGGAGAAGCUUGCCUGUAACUGCCCUGAGUGCUCUUGUAAGAAUAAAUGGGGUGGAUAUGACUGCAAGUGCAAGGGCAACCUGUUGUACAUUAAAGGGGAGGACACAUGCAUAGCUAAAAAUAUGUCAAGAUCGAGAUGGAUACUGAUGCUCUUAGUUCUAUCAUGUGUGGCUGGUGCUAUAGCAGGAUAUAUAUUCUACAAAUACAGGCUCAGAUCUUACAUGGACUCCGAGGUCAUGGCUAUCAUGUCGCAAUACAUGCCACUAGAUAACAAUGACCACCGCAAUGAGAUCCAACAGUUACGACAAGAUUCAACAGCCUAAUGAGGAGGGAUUUAGAUGUAAAUUCACAAUAUUGACAACCGAGAAUCCAUGAAAAGAAAUUAUAUUGUGACCACAAAUUUUUUAGAUAGCUGUAAGAGUGGGUCACCAAUUUGGCAUAUAUUAAUCAAUUUUGUUGUAAAAUGAAUACUGGAAAAUAAGCAUCCAUUACUAGCCAGCGGCCAACAAUUCCAGAUUGCAUGAUUAGACCAAAAUGUUUCUGCAAUUAUGCUUUCUGAUCUCUUUCAAUCCAUAAUAAAAAAUUACAUGGUAAGAGCAGAACAUACCACCACUUUUUUCA